CUCACAGCCCAUCCCAUCUCCCCGACGCCGCCCGCCCGCGCAGAGCUUGCUCCAUGGCUUAGCGGAGGAGGCGGUGGCGAGCGGGGGAGGGGGACUCUUAUUUUGUUAGGGGGACCGGGCCGAGGCCCGACCGGCCUGGCAGGGCUCGCCCGGGGCCGGGCGUCAUGUCUCAUGCGGCCGAGCCAGCUCGGGACGGCGUAGAGGCCAGCGCGGAGGGUCCUCGAGCCGUGUUCCUGCUGUUGGAGGAGCGCAGGCCGGCCGACUCGGCCCAGCUGCUCAGCCUGAACUCUUUGCUUCCGGAAUCGGGGAUUGUUGCUGACAUCGAAUUAGAAAACGUCCUUGAUCCUGACAGCUUCUACGAGCUCAAAAGCCAACCCCUAUCGCUACGCUCAAGCCUCCCAAUAUCACUGCAGGCCACACCAGCCGCCCCAGCUACACUCUCUGCAUCAUCUUCUGCAGGGGGCUCCAGGACCCCUGCCAUGUCGUCAUCUUCUUCAUCGCGGGUCUUGCUGCGGCAGCAGCUAAUGCGGGCCCAGGCCCAGGAGCAGGAGAGGCGUGAGCGUCGGGAACAGGCUGCAGCCUCUCCCUUCCCUAGUCCUGCACCUGCCUCUCCUGCCAUCUCUGUGGUUGGCGUCUCUGCUGGGGGCCACACAUUGGGUCGUCCUCCCCCUGCUCAGGUGCCCAGGGAGGUGCUCAAGGUGCAGACCCAUCUGGAGAACCCGACGCGCUACCACCUGCAGCAGGCGCGCCGGCAGCAGGUGAAGCAGUACCUGUCCACCACACUUGGGCCCAAGCUGGCGUCCCAGGCCCUCACCCCGCCACCGGGGGCUGCUAGUGCCCAGCCACUCCCCGCCCCUGAGGCUGCCCACGCUACUGGCCCCACUGGCAGUGCUCCCAACAGCCCCAUGGCGCUGCUCACCAUCGGGUCUAGCUCGGAGAAGGAGGUGAGUGGCUGCAGACGACCCGCCCAUGCUCCCCCUGCCCCAACUUCUUCUAAGGCUCUUCCAUAUGUCUUCUCCCAGAUUGAUGAUGUCAUCGAUGAGAUCAUCAGCCUGGAGUCCAGUUACAACGAUGAGAUGCUCAGCUAUCUGCCCGGAGGCACCACGGGGCUGCAGCUCCCCAGCACGCUGCCUGUGUCAGGGAAUCUGCUUGAUGUGUACAGUAGUCAGGGCGUGGCCACGCCAGCCAUCACCGUCAGCAACUCCUGUCCAGCUGAGCUGCCGAAUAUCAAACGGGAGAUCUCUGAGACAGAGGCCAAGGCCCUUUUGAAGGAACGGCAGAAGAAAGACAAUCACAACCUGAUUGAACGUCGCAGGCGAUUCAACAUUAACGACAGGAUCAAGGAGUUGGGCACCCUCAUCCCCAAGUCCAGUGACCCGGAGAUGCGCUGGAACAAGGGCACCAUCUUGAAAGCCUCUGUGGAUUACAUCCGCAAGUUGCAGAAGGAGCAACAGCGCUCCAAAGACCUGGAGAGCCGGCAGCGAUCCCUGGAGCAAGCCAACCGCAGCCUGCAGCUCCGAAUUCAGGAGCUAGAACUGCAGGCCCAGAUCCAUGGUCUGCCAGUGCCUCCCACCCCAGGGCUGCUCUCACUGGCCACAACUUCAGCCUCUGACAGUCUCAAGCCAGAGCAGCUGGAUGUUGAAGAGGAGGGCAGGCCAGGCACAGCAACAUUUCAUGCAGCGGGGGGACCUGCCCAGAGUACUCCCCAUCAGCAGCCCCCAGCGCCACCCUCCGAUGCCCUUCUGGACCUGCACUUUCCCAGCGACCACCUGGGGGAUCUGGGGGACCCCUUCCACCUGGGGCUGGAGGACAUUCUGAUGGAGGAGGAGGAGGGGGUGGUGGGGGGACUGUCAGGGGGCGCCCUGUCCCCACUGCGGGCUGCCUCCGAUCCCCUGCUUUCUUCAGUAUCCCCCGCAGUCUCCAAGGCCAGCAGUCGCCGCAGCAGCUUCAGCAUGGAGGAGGAGUCCUGAUCAGGCCUCACCCCUCCCCUGGGACUUCCCCACCCAGGAAAGGAGGACAUGUCAGGAUGAGGCCCCGCCUUUUCCCCCACCUUUUCAUGAGACUGCCCUGCCCAGGUGUACUGGGGGAAGAGGAGACUGAUGAGGCCCCACCCCUGUAACCAAGCAAGGAGGAGGAGUCAGAUGAGGCCCCACCCCUUCCCCACAGGACAGGCCAAUGCAGGUAUUUCAGACGUGGAGAAGGUAGGGACAUCAGGGCCUGUCUCUUGCAGAACGCAGCCUCACCCCUGCCCCGUGGGACCCGCCCUUGCCCAGGUGAGGGAAGGAGACAGGAUGAGGUCAGCCGCUGGCCCCUAGGGACUGUCCUAGCCAUGUUUCCUGGGAUAAAGAGUGUCAGGAUACUGCUCCAUCCCCUCUCUUGGAACCAACAGUCUAGUCUAUCCUGGCAAGGAAGAGGAGUCAAAAUGGAGGUCCCACCCUGGGGGUUU